GGUUUUUUUUUUGGCACCCUUACCAUGGUCCACACUGUGUCGUGGCCCUAAUGUUUAUUCAUCCUCCUGUGAUUCAAAAACGAAAGUCAAAGUUGUAGAAGUGAAUAUUUUUGAAUAAAUGGACACUAAAGCCGACAAAUUACAUAAAAGAGCAAUACGUGAUCAACAAAAACGCAUAAAACCUGGUGAAUGCCAGAAAUAUGUGCGUCUGGUCUUAGAUAGCGAGAUUCUGUAUUCAAACAUUCCAGGACUAGGUCUCCAAUUGCAAUUAGAAAUAGAACAGCUUCAACUAAAAUACUUAGUCCGCGACUUGCCGGCCAAAAUGUGCAUCAUUUGGGAACGCCAAUCAGGACAACGAGAAUUACUAUCCACCGAUGAUAUAGAGCAACAUUUGACCUCGCAAUGGGGCAUGGAUAACCAAGUAUUGCAUUUCCAUACAGCGCAAGAGCUGGGAAAGAGCAAACCAGUCAAGGAAAUUGUCCAGAAUCUUCGCACGCAUUUUCCAGACGCAAAACCCACAAUAGCAGUGUUGGCACGAGACGACAAAAGUUCUGAUUCGAGUAGUCAAACGGCUGCACUCAUUGAUUUGCAGGUAUUGCACCAAGUAGCUACUUUACAAGUGCCACCUAUGGCAAAGGAAGUAGCAGCAACGUUGCGACGUUUCACCAAGGCCAUCGCAGAAGCGCCAUACAAGCAACAAAAAUCCGAGUCAUUGGGGACUUUCAAAAAAUUCCUAGCAAACGACAAAAAACAAUGUGUGCGCGUAGUAGGAACCAGCGGCUUUGGGCGUUUGUGGCAACAGCAUUUGAACCGCCUACCAUUGGUCACCUUGGAAGUAGCAGAGACUAUAAUAGCCCAAUACCCAUGCCCAAAACGACUUUUGGACGCAUACGAACGAGAUGCAGCGGAAGAGAAGAAUACGAUGGCUGAUUUGAAAAUCAACCGCGCUGGUCCACAGCCUCUACAAGCGGAUAGGCGAAUUGGAAAUGUGCUGAGUGGAAAAUUAUAUCUUUUGUAUAAUAGUAGAGAUCCAAAUGCUGUUAUUUAGUACAUUUUCAAUAUUCAGUUGCAUCUUACUUUUAACAAAAACUG